GAAGAGGCUAGCGCGUACACGGAAGAAGGAGUGACGCCACAGAGGCUCUGUGUCCAGUCAUAUUUGUCAAAGCGGAAUUUAAUCUUAGCAUAAAUCUGUGAGCUCUGUGAGUUACAGUGGUUUGCGUUCCUUUGCUAGCAUCAUGAGGAUUGCUUUCCUGGCAUGUGUUACGGUUGUGUGUUUCUCCAUGUUGAUAGGUGCCGCAGCACCUCCUAAUGGUGGUGCAGACAACUCUAGAGCAUCCAUCAAAAACCAGCCUAAUCAGAAGUUACCUACUCCAGAUGAAGUCCAGAAUCCAGAUGAUGUAAACACAGGUCAUAACCCGCCGGCAGCGAAAACGAUAAAUGAUGCUUCAAAACCACAAGGCACAAACCCUAAAGAAGGUACAGGGGGUGUGCAAGAUUUGUCUAAAGAUUCCAAGGGCGACACAGGUCAGGUAAAUGGAGACUCAAAAGGAGAUAUCGGACAAGAAAAGGACAAGAAGGGUGACAAUUCCAAAGAGGUUAAAUCAGAAGAGCAAAAGCACAGAUCUCAAAAGUCAGAAGAAGACACUGCAGCUGCAAAUAAACCUAAUGACAACGCUGCACAGGGCACAAAAACCGAAAAAUAUCCAGCUACUGAAAAAGCAGAACCUGAAAACAAUUCUAAUAAAGACCCUCCAGGGAAGGAAACCUCAACAGAGCCGCAAGAGGAGAAAGGAAAAGAAUCUGCAAAUAAAGGAAAUUCCGAGACAGAAGAAGAAAGAGAUGACAAAUCAAAAGCUCAUAGCAAUGUGCCACAAUUGGGAGAACCGGGCAGUCAGGCAAAAUCUGGAGGAGAUGGAGGCACAAAAAAGAAAAUAGAAGACAACCAUCAGGAUAAGUUACCUGGUGGAAGUGACGAGGUAGAAAGCAGUCAUUUCUUUGCAUACCUUGUUUCUACAGCAGUGGUGGUUGCAGUGCUUUACAUCGCUUACCACAACAAGCGCAAGAUAAUAGCCUUUGUUCUGGAAGGAAAGAGAUCAAGAUCUCGUCGUCCAAAAUCCACAGACUAUCAAAAGUUGGAACAGCAGUUGUAAUCGGAUGCCGUAGCCUUGAGACACUGAAUGCACUAUGGGAUGGCGUCAGAUGAAGCAAGCGUUUGAACUCACAUGCAUUUUGGCUCGUGUGGACAUUUUGUAAAUGGAUGCUUAUUGCAUGACUAUGCAGAUGACAACUGUUGCCUUAUUGAUAGGUCGAGUAAAACACGGUUAAAUAUGCAUGUUAUUUUUGCACCUUUGUCGUUAUUCCACUUUAUAAAUAGAAAAGCCCGCAACUCAGGACAUUUCAGUACAGGUGAGAGCUAUAGUUUUCUUUCCCGUGUUUUGUUGUUGUUGCUUUGUUUGUACAGCUAUGAUUGCACUGUGAGCAAAAAAAGCCAUUUUGACUCCUAAAAAUACAAAAGAGGAGUAGGGCCAGUAAAGAGGAAGACAACAAUUGGGCCAAAUUCUCACUUAGGGCAGAGUUAUGACUUUAUACUCAGAAUUGUGACUUUAAACCCCAUAACUCUCUUUAAAGCAAGAAUUCUGAGAAUAAAAGUGCAAAUUCGCUCAGUUUUUCUUCUUUGGCCCCACUACUCUUUAGUAUAAAAAUGUAUUUUAUGUUAAAAAAAAAAAAAAAAAAGAUGCUAAUAUGUCACUUUUGAUUCCCAAGAAUAAUUUCAGAUAUUUUUUUAAACAAAAUAGCUAUUACUUAAAUGAGUUUAAAAUAAAGUAUAUGCUUUCAUGUUGACAAUGAUUUAGAAUAAAUGUUUGGUGUUUUAUCAUUCAUGGAAUAGGUGGAAACUUUGAAAAAUCAACUAUUUAUUGAAUAAAAAGUUUCAUAACUGUAGUUAUAUUGGUUUGUGCUGCCUAUUGUGGAAGCCAGGUGUCGUAUGUCCUCAAAUGUUUGAAUUUGGAUCUGUAUUGGAGGAAGAUUUACCACUAUCCUUUUGUUUGCCCACAUGUAAAUGGUACUGCAUUCCUGCAGACAAUACAUAAAAUCACAAUACAUUGCGAUAUAAAUCAUUCACAUAGUUGCUUUAAGAUAUGAAAUGUUACAUAUAACACUUUAAAAAAAAAAAAAAAAAAACAAGAUGGCCUCAGUCCAACAAAUGUUUAAAUCUUUACCACUUGUUGGUUUCAGUGAAGGAAAAUUGAAUUAUUUUCUGAAGUAAAUUCAAUUAUUUUCUGAAGUAAAUGGGACUACAAAUGCAUUCCGUAAAAGGUGUUGGCACUUUCUGAAGAAUUCUAUUGGUGAUGGGGGUGAAUAAUUCAAAUGAUAGUAAUCUUUGACUUGUAUGUGCCAAAUGUAGACAUUGCUUUUUUUGUAUUAAGUUUGAGGUUGUAUUGGAUUGAAAAGUACACCAUUUACAAAUAAGUGAUCAUUUAUGAAGUGAAUUUUGUCUAGUUUCUGCAAAUCCAUCAUUUUUAUCUGGCUUCAAUGUUAGAAAAGUCCUGGGUGAUUAAAAUGUUUUAUGUGAUUAAAGUGUUUUGUGUACUUAU